AUAGAAUUAAAACGUAGUAUAAUCAUCAUCUCACCCAGCCAUCGAAUCAUUUUCUUGAGCCUGUCCGUUUUGCUUGCUGAUUGGUGAUCAGAGAGGGAAAGCUAAGAGGAAAUUUGUGGGUCCCCCACUGGCAGGACGACAGCCUCGCUGAGGACAUUUUCCCCAAGGAUUGAAUGAAAUGAUGAAGGAAUUUCAUUCCGAGAGCUCUCAGAUGUACAAAUAGCUAUUUUAAAAUUCCAAUAAGCACCAGAAAAUACUUUAAAAUAUAGUCCAUCAUGGAUUACAAGGCUGGAGGUAAAAGGAAGCAGCAGCAUAGUUUGAAUUUACUAGAUCAACUAAAAUGUAUGAAAGAUUUAACUGAAAUGAUUGAUGUGGUGUUAGUGGCUGAAGAAAAAAAAUUCCCUUGCCACAAAUUGAUCCUGGCUGCUUUUAGCCCCUAUUUCAAAGCAAUGUUUACUUGUGGGUUGAUGGAAUGCGCACAGAGAGAAGUUGUGCUACAUGACAUAGCAGCUGAAAGUAUAUCUGUCCUCCUGCACUACAUGUACACUUCUGACUUGCAUCUCACAAAUUGUAAUGUACAAAAUGUGGCCACUGCUGCCUUUUUUAUGCAGAUGGAAGAUGUGUUUAGUCAAUGUCAAACCUACAUGAUGGACCACAUUGAAGCUUCCAACUCUGUAGGGAUCUAUUAUUUUGCAAAGCACAUUGGGGCAGAAGAACUAUCUGAACGAGCCAGGAAAUAUUUGUAUCAGCACUUUACUGAGGUGAGCCAGCAUGAAGAAAUACUAGAGAUAGAAGCUCAGCAACUGCUAAGCCUGAUCAGAUCCGAUGAUCUGAAUGUAUCCAGAGAAGAGAGCAUCUUGGACUUAGUCCUUAGAUGGGUUAACCACAGUCGGAAGUUGCGUGCAGAUCAUCUCAUUGAGCUCUUGAAGCAAGUAAGGCUGGAACUUGUAAGUCCUUCAUUCCUAGUGGAAGCUCGGAAAAGGAACACAGUGCUUCUGAGUAAUUCUCAGUGUAUAGACAUGAUUGAGGGAGCCUUAGAAAAUAUGAAAAAAUCCAAUCAACUUUCCCUCAGCCUCCGGUAUGGCAUGGAGACCACUACACUUCUCCUUUGCAUUGGCAAUAACUCAGGGGGGAUCCGAUCAAGGAAAGGUAAUUAUGCUGAGGCCAGCUUCUGUUACGCACCUCUAACGCAAAAGACCUACUUCAUUUCCUCUCCAAAAUAUGCAGAAGGCCUUGGCAGUAUAUACACCGGUGUGGUUACUGAGGUCAACAGAAUUGUUGUUGCAGGGGAGGCGAGUGCUGCCAAGAUGUCUAGACAAAAGACCAGGAAGAUUGAAAUUUAUAGGUAUGAGGGUCAUGGAAAUCGAUUUUGGGAAAGCCUGUGCACAGCGCAGUUUCGUGAACUGUAUGCUUUAGGCACUAUCCAUCAUGAUUUAUACAUCAUAGGAGGUCAAAUGAAACUGAAAAACCAAUAUCAAAUUACCAAUAUUGUGGAGAAGUACUCCAUGGAGCAGGAGAACUGGAGAACUUUGGCCCCACUCCCAGUGCCGCUGGCUUGCCAUGCAGUCGUUACUGUGAAAAACAGGCUGUAUGUCAUCGGAGGAUGGACCCCACAGAUGGAUCUUCCCAAUGAUGAGCCUGAUCGAUUAAGCAACCGAACGUUGCAGUAUAACCCAAGCCAAGACAAAUGGGUGGAGUGUGCGCCGAUGAAGUAUUCGAAGUACCGCUUCAGCACAGCUGUAGUCAACCAUGAGAUUUAUGUGCUGGGUGGAAUUGGCUGCCUUGAUCGUGACAGAGGACAAGCACGGCAAUGUCUAGAUGUCGUGGAGAUCUAUAACCCUGAUGGGAAUUAUUGGCGAGAAGGACCACCUAUGCCUUACCCUCUUCUUUCCCUAAGAACCAACUCUACCUGUGCUGGUGCUGUGGAAGGGAAACUUUAUAUCUGUGGAGGAUUUCGUGGAACAGCUCGGCAUGAAGUUAUCACCAAAGAGAUCCUAGAGCUGGAUACUUGGGAAAAUCAUUGGAAUGUUGUUGCAGUCAAUGCCCUCAUGCACGACAGCUACGAUGUCUGCCUUGUUGCCCAGCUGAACCCAAGAGAUCUCAUCCCUCCUCCUUCCGAUUUAAUGGAACAAUAGAUGUGCAAUUUUAAUGGAAAAUAAAUAAGCCUCCUGAAUGGACCAGAAGUAUAUUGAUAUGUGGCAAUUUCAAUGGAUGGUUAGAAAAGAGAAUUCCACAUAAUGAAUUUUUGAAAGAUGAUAUACAGCUUGGCUUCAACAUAGCAAAUUCCUGCUGCCGUAAUUCAAAGAAUAUGCAAUGUUUUUCUUUUCCACAACUUUUCAUAAUAGUGUACUUUGUGUUCCAAACUGUUAUUUUCUUCUAUUCAAGACUCCAAACUCAACUUACCUUGCAAAAUAGGAAUUAUUUUUAAAAAAUGUUGCUUAGGGCAUCAAAAGUAAGACAGAGCAAUAGCAAGUAUUUAAAAAUAAAAGAAUUUAAAUAGUUCAUUCUGUACUGACGUGAAUACUAUGGAACCUAUUUUUUUUUAAUAUAAGGAAAAAGGGAAAGUAAAACAUAGCCUUAAUCUCAUUAAACUGGCUUGAAAAGCCACAUAGCUGAUCAUGUAUUGUUAGCAGAUAAGAAUCUUUUUUUCUCUUCUGUUUUGUAGUCUUUUGCAGAUUCAAAUUAAUCCAGAUGUGAAAUUUAAUUUAGAUCACAUAUAGAAGGACUAUUAGCGUGUACUUUCCAGUUGUCCCUUGAUGCUCUGGUCUGAUUAUCUCAAAUCCCCAAAACUUGGUUUUGUUUGGAAGUCUGAGAAUAUACUUUAUCAGGUUAAAUGAAACAUUAUAAAGGUCCACAGUCAUCUGCACUGAUUUAUCUAACUCAGUAUUGUUUACUGAGUAAUGUAAAGUAAAGUAAUGGCUGCAACAGUCCACUGCUUAACAAAAUAAUCUUUUCUAAACCCACCUGGAGAUGUCACAAAGUACAUUUCUCUACUCUCUGUGCUUCACUGAGCUGCUAGAUAUGUUCAAACUGACAGAAUUUCACCUUCCUUUGAAACUUGUUGUUUUUCUCUCAGAUUUUAAUAACGUUCCCCCCAAAAUUGAUCUAUUACUGCUGUCUUGGCCCACAAUAUCUCCUUUCUGUUAAUACCAGUCUAUUAGGGAGGAAUGCCUUUGCUACUAUUUCUUUCAUCUAUUGGAAAAUUUGAAUAUUUGUGCCCAGGCAGAAAAAAGAGAAAAUGAGAAGUUCUUAUGGUAGAUGUAGAAUCAACACGGGCCAUGGAAAAAUAAAGGAAAGUGGUGAUGCAAUCAGAGGAAAAGAAAUAAUGAAGAAAGCAUAUAAAUGAAAUGGCCUAAAAUGAAUAGUACAAAUCUUUUGGAAAUCCAAAAGGUCAUUUUUUUAAUACAUUUUGGAUGACUGUAGUGCUGUACUGAAAUAUCAAAGUUUCGUUAAAUAUUAAGUAAGCCAAUUUGGUCUAUUAGUUAAGGCACCAGGCUAGAAACCAAGAGAUCAGGAAUUCUAGGCACAAAAUCUAGCUGGGUUACCUGAGGCCAGUCACUCACUUUUAGCCCAACUCACUUUAUAGGGUUGUUGUAGGGAAAAUAGGAGGAGGAAAGAGUAUUUGGGUAUGUAUUUUACCUUAGGUUGUUUAUAAAAAAUAAUAAAGGGAUAAAAAAAGAAUCUAGAAAGAGCAUAAUAAAGACUGCACAAGAAGCAGUAGAAUUUGCUUGAAACAAAUUCUAAGAUUGAGUCACCUUGCACAUUUACACAUAGAUCUUUAGCUGGCUGCUUUUUCCUUCAUGCUUUCUAGACAGAAUAUAUUUGGCAUCAUAUACAAUAAGCUGUAUUUGUAUGUAUAAUUUUUGUACCAUCUAUACUAGAAAAUCUGCCAUUUAGCCUGUAAUACGGAAAAUGUUACUUCCAACAAUAGCAUAGAAUCCUUGUUCUUGUGUCCUGAAAAGGCUCCCAGCAUUGAGAUGUAUGAAAUGUAUACACUUCUUUAAUUCUAUUGAAAUAUCCAGGUUAUCAACAGCAUUUGAGAAUUUUCUCCCCAUUGCCUCCUUUAAUAAAUAUCCUAAGUUUGAUAUCAGUAACUUCUUACUGAUUUAACCAACAAAAGCCACAGUAUCCUUUUCAGACUUUCAAUGUAUUUUAAAUCAAAUUUGUCCCAUAUGCAAGAUGAAUUUUAGCAAAUAAAUAGAUAAAAAAGAAAAAUUAUUUUUAUUUUUCCAAGAAGCAUUCAUUAAGCCCAUGUAUUGCUAUCAGUGGUGCUUUUCAGUUCUAAAUAAAAACUGUUUACAUAAAUUUUAAGUCACUAG